UCCUCACUUCCCCCAUAUGGAUCCAGACAGCUCGCAGUUAGCAGCACACCUCUCUGUGUAAACCAACAUAUUUAUCGUCGGAUACUUUAUUUUAUGAACGACUGCAAAUAAACAAUAUCCACCAUGGCUUCUCGAGCAGGUCCGAGAGCAGCGGGCACAGAUGGCAGUGACUUUCAGCAUCGGGAGCGUGUGGCCUCACAUUACCAGAUGAGCGUGGCCUUGAAGUCUGAAAUCCGUAAACUCAACAUCGUCCAUCUGUUGACCUGGGUGCUGAUGGCAGCUCAGGUGACAGUUAGCCAGCUGAGUCUGGUGUCCCAUAAGGUUGUCGCCUCUCCGUACCAAUGGGAGUACCCAUACCUCCUGAGCAUUAUCCCUACAGUCUUCAGCUUCUUGGCGUUGCCUCGAAACAACAUCAGUUAUCUGGUGAUCUCCAUGAUCAGUGCCGGGCUCUUCUGUGUGGCCCCGCUGAUCUACGGCAGCAUGGAGAUGUUCCCAGUGGCUCAGCAGCUCUACCGACACGGCAAAGCCUACCGCUUUAUAUUCGGCUUCUCCGCCGUGACGGUCAUGUACCUGGUGAUCGUCAUCGCCGUGCAGGUGCACGCCUGGCAGAUCUACUACAGCAAGAAGCUCCUUGAUCAGUGGUUCACCAGCACGCAGGACAAGAAGAAGAAAUGAGGUCAUCCCAUCUGGAAAAAGAGGAUUUUUUUGAAACAAGCUCUGAACUUGUAUAUUGAGCCAAAUAAGACCAAAAGAGGAGUUUAGUUGUUUUGUUUAUAUUUAUAUUUGACAAUGAUGCUGUUAGAAUAUUAACUGUUCACAAAUAAUCUGUCCCUGGACUGUUUUUGGUGGUUUUCAUAACUGUACUUUAAGUCUGCUGCCAUUUCAUCAUUGUGAAAAUCAUACUGUAAAUGUUCCCUGUCAGUCAUUACCUGGAUUCAUCAGGUACUGACAGUGUAAAAAGGUGAACUGGAAGAUGACUGAAAUAACAUCAAUGUCCAUGUUUUUGAUUCCAAAAGUAAAUUUGAUUAUUAAAAGCAUAAAAAUAUCAA